AUUAAGAGGUAUACCGCGAUGCGUAAGCACACUCGUCAUGUUUAUCGAAAAUGCAAGUAAGUUUACCAACGUUACCUAGGUAAGCUGUUCCUACACGUUGGUAUUGAUGGAGUAAUCUAUAGGCAAUCAUUUCAACUCAUGCUUAUGGCUCCUACGUAGUUUAGGUGCAUUAUCCGCCGAAGGCUUGUACCUACCUACCAGUGUACAUUAACGAAAUCCUACUGUGUGUACAGCAGAUGUAGGACACGAGGCUAAAAGCCUUCAUGAAUAAGGCCAAUCACGAACGGAGUGGUGGUCGUUAGGUGGGGUUGCACACCCAAGGUAUCUCCUAAACACCUAAUCGACGAGGUGGUAUAGUUUCCUUUGAAAAAUAUCACUAACUUAAAAAGACCAGGUCCCCCGAUCAGUAAGUAUCUCUAUCGUGUUAACAACUUCUAAGGCAAUGAGAUACUCUAAUUUACGAAUAGUUGAACUAUUGAACAUACCUCAACCAUGUUCCAGAACAAAUCCGCCGAGACGAAGGUUGAACCUGCAAUCCUUGAAAGAGAGGUCUGCCAAGCCACGACAAGAGAUUUAGGAGAUACGUCUAUCAAAUCCGUAAAGAGGAUUCUCCUGGCUCUUCUAUCACUAGCGUCCUCAAUAACUCUCGCCCUUCGUCUUAUUUGGGACUUUACCGAGAGCAACUUCACUACUUUUGUUAUUCCCAACACUUCAUUCGGGAUUCUAGGAGCUUUAGCUUCCCCAUUCCUCACUAAUGGGAUGCAUCCAUCUGCGGUAGAUAUUCUAGCACGAGCUCCCCUCGUCGUGCUGUUCAAUUGGUGCAACGUGCUCAACUUCGACCUCGCCAACCAACGAUCCCCCGAGUCUCUACAGGAGGACAAGAUCAAUAAGCCAUGGCGACCUAUAGUUACAGGCAAGAUUACGAUGGAGCAGGCUCGCAGGGCGAUGCUAGUUACCAUUCCCUUAGCUUUGCUUUUCAACUAUGCCCUAGGGGUCUGGAGACAAGGCGUCUUUAUUUUAAUUAUAACAUGGCUAUACAACGACAUUAGAGGCGGAGAUGAACUCAUUAGGGACCCUCUCAUCUCAGUUGCUUAUGGUUUAUUUAACACAGCUUCUUUGGAGAUCGCCAUAGGCCAAAAAGGACAGAUCAACCCUAAAGGGGUCAUGUGGGCCGCUAUCAUCAGCGCGGUUAUCUUGACGACCAUGCAGAUCCAAGAUCUUAAAGACCAGGAAGGUGACCGGACCCGGGGCCGGAAGACCUUGGCUCUUGCACUGGGGGAUAUAGUUUCACGAACUUCUAUCGUGGUUUUCAUUUGUCUCUGGUCGUUCGUCUGCCCCUUCUUUUGGGGGGUUGGUCCUUUAGGAUAUCUUACUUCGGGAAUUCCUGGGGCUAUCGUUAUUCUCAACGUCAUCUCCCACCGAACCCCUACAGAGGAUACUAAAUCCUGGAAGUGGUGGUGUUUCUGGACUAUUACUCUAUACAUUCAGCCCUUGCACAUAAUUGUUUGCGUAUUUUGUUAGGCCAUAAUGGAAGCAAGUACGCUAGGAGGUGGAAUCUCCCAUCGGAGAUAUAAUUAUGUGGGUGGGGGCUUUCCAUAUAAUAGGUAGUUCGUUGACUCUAAGAGAUUCUCUGCAUUAGAUUUAUGGAAUAUAAAUAUAAAC